CAGGGCAAACCCAAACAGCCCUACGCUUACCUGGUGUCAGAUUACCAUGGUGACGCCCCUCGCACCUUCCCCCACACCUGCUCCCUCUGCAGAUGCAAAGUCAACUCCAAAAUGACAUGGAAGGAUCACCUCUAUGGCUUCCGGCACGAGUCCUCCAGGAACACCUUCAUACGCCUAUUCCCCAACUGGGACCCGUUCCAGCAAGGACAGUCCUCUUCUCAGUAUCCGAGUGACAGCGACCGUCGUCCCCCCGCACCCAGACAUUGACCGUCGUCCCCCGCACCCCGACAACGACCGUCGUCAGCCACACCCCGACAUUGUCCGUCGUCCAACGCACCCCGUCAAACGCCCAGCCCCUCGACCAGUUCCUCCUCUAGACCCCAUGCUUCCUAUUAAGAGGGUCUACCAGAACGGUCCCCCGAAGCUGAAGACACACUCAACACAUCCUAUCCAGCGUGCUGCGUUCCGGACCCGUGUGGUGGUCACCAAGUUCCCUCUGGGUUCAGUGACGGUGAAGGACCUGCUGGAACUCGCAGAACCCUUCGGAACCGUCCUCAAACACCUCGUCUUCCCCGCCAAGGGUUUCCUUGAGUUCAGUUCCUACCACGAGGCCCAGGCCAUGGUCUCUCACUUCUACGACAAACUCGACUUCACCAACAAGCACAAGAUCUACAUCUACCUGUCCCCCAACGUGCAGUGCAUUCAGAUCCCAGAGGACCGGGAUGCUAAGUACACUACGGUGGUCUUCACCAAUCUCCCGGACGACUCCAAGGCCACCAUGGACAAAGUUCUGGAGAUCGUCGAGAUGUUCGGAGCCGUCAGACACUCCAGCAUCAACGGCACCGAGGCCCAUGUGAAGAUGAUUGAGCGUAAGGAUGCGCGCAUCAUGGUGAAGUACUAUGGCAACCGGCCACUCAAGCAGCUCGGGAAGAACACACAUGUCAACCUGCUCGCCGAACACCGUGACAACCGGCACCAGAGUGAAGAUUCCAAGACAGCGACGACAUCAUCAUCAUCAUCAGCAGCAGCAGCGGCAGCGAAGGACAAAGGAGAUGGUGUAGAGAAGACGGGAGAAGACGUGCGAUUGGAGGAGAAGAAGGUGAGGGCCGGUCCUCGCGGGGAGGCCAGCCAACCAGAUGCGGCCUGGGCGGAGCUAAGAGAGGAAGACCUGGACCCUGAGGAGGAAGAGGAAGUGGAGCUGGGAGAGGAAGAGGAAGGGGAAGGAGGGAUGAUGGUGGAGGAUGAGGAGGAGGAGGAUGACGGGAUCCCGGUGGAGGAUGAGCAGGGGCUGCUGGAGGACGCAGACCACGACCUUGACAACAGCACUGAGGUCACAGAGGAGGCACACGAGGAAGGGGCAGAGCCAUCUGAGAGAGCCAAUCCUGAGCAGGCAUCAGGAGAAGAAGACAACCAGGAGGAGAUGUGUGAGUUUCCAGAAAAUCUUGACGACUUUGUGACACUGGACGAGCUGGACUCUGGAACAGACAUGACGGUAACGAACGACUUCGGGGGUGGUAAGGUGGUUCUGAUCCGGCCCAUUAAGGGCUACCCUCCGAAGAACGCUCUAAUGAAGCUGGCCGACCCGUUUGGAAAAGUGGUACACCACCUGAUCUCACGAUACAGACAAGAGGCUCUGCUUCAGCUGGAGACGGAGGAGCAGGUUCGAGAGAUGGUGGCGUUCUAUCGCGAGUCCAAAGAGGCCGCGGUCAUCAACGGACGCCCCGUAACCAUCUGCAUAUGCAGAACACUCAAGGAAAUCGAGGUUCCCAGUGGGCGCUCGGUCUACAUCAGUAACCUGCCGAUGGGGAAGUUCUCCGACGUCGACCUGCUCACAUUGGCCAGACCGUACGGACCAAUCACAGCCUACCGCAUCAACAGAGGACCCCGCGCUUGCUAUAUCCAGUUUGAGUCAGAAGAGUGCGCUAGUAACAUGUUGAAGAAGAAUUCUCGUCCUCCAUUCCGUGGUUCCAUUCUGACCAUCUUCCCCUGUAGGAAGCCAGACUCCACCAUCCCCUGGAUAAAGGUGGUUGUACCGCUGGGAAGAGAGGAUCGUAAAGAAGAGGAGAACGGAGGAGAAGAGGAGAAGGAGAGGAGGGCUGCCAAACGGAGGAGAGAGGAGGGGGAUGAGCAGGGUGUGUGUGGUGAUCUGGAGGCUGAGGAACAAAAGACCGACGACACAGAAGAGACGCAACCAGAUACACCUGCAGGUCUGCACUACAUCGUGGCUGGGUUCUACUGUAAACUGUGUAAUGUGUUCUAUGACGACGAGACGAAGGCCAAAACAGAACACGCCAGCAGCGCAGAACAUCACAAGAACCUCAGACAGAAGAGGAAGAAGCCCAACGCCUGAGACACACACACACACACACACACACACACAGUCGUGCACUCACACACACACACACACGCUCGCACAGCUCAAGAGCUGAUUAACUGAGCAAAGACUGAUCUGGCUCCAAGAUGAUGGACUUCUAAACACACACCACACACGCACACACACAUGCACGCACGCACGCAUGCACACACAGUGUGCGGGGACAAGACCUUUAUCUCAUCGCUGUGGCAAGACUGUACACACACACACACACACACACACACACACACACACACACACACACACACAUUAAGUCAUGAUGUGUUGUCAAUAAUUGGCCAAUAGGUCAUCGACUUCAUGCAGUCAGCAGACUUAGUUUCUCUACAACCACACACACACACACACACACACACACACACACACACACACACACACACACACACACACACACACUUAAUAAACGGUGGAGUGUAUGACUUGACUGUGUGUUGCGUUUGAGUUGAAUGUAGCAAAAGGACACUCAAACACACAUUCUGGUUUGAGAUUUUCUUCAGUGCUCCAACGAACAUUCCGUGUGUUUGUGUGUGCGCGUGCG